CACAUUAACCUGUCGAAAUGUCCUCGAGGGAAAAGGAGGAGAUCCUAGCCAAUGUGGCCUGCGUGGUUCGGGCCCUUAUCACGUCCGCAAAGCCGCCGGUUGGCUUGCAAUCUAUCAUAAGGGACUAUGCCGGCAUCGAGGGGGAACCAAUGCCAUAUCGCCGACUGGGCUAUCCAACCGUACAGGACAUGCUCAGGGACACCAAUGAGUUCAACUUUACCAAAAGCGGAAAUGAAAUAUUCAUCAGCGCCAAGUACAGCGCGAAAACGGCACACAUUGAGUCUAUGGUCAGAGGCCAAAAAAAGAGCAAGUCCAAGCAGAUAUCUAAACCGACUUGCCAAGUCGCGAAACCAAGGCCCAACUUCCACAACAGAGGCCCGACUUCGAACUACCAAAGGACUCUGCCAUCGAUUGUGAAUCGUCCUUCUCCCGUUCACCAUCCGCUGUUGAAUCGCCCUCAGCCCGCACGGCCUCCACUAGUGGAUUUCCCUCUACCCGUAUAUCAGCCAACUGUGAAUCGUCCUCCAUCGAACCUAGCUCCGAUUGUGAGUCGCCCUCCGCCUGCACAGGCUGAAGAUCGAGAUCGCCAGAUUCAACAAGAUCGCCAGGCUCCCCUCAGGGCGGUCAACAGCCCACAAAAACCUCCAGCUGCGCAGGAGCGCAGUCUUCAGCAGCUUCCCAACAGUCUGUUGCAGGAGAUUCAGAAAAAAAUAGAAACAGUUCUGCAGCCAAGGAUCGAAGACAGUCUGUUGCAGGAGAUUCAGAAAAAAGUAGAAACAGAUCUGCAGGCAAGGAUCGAAGCUCAGCUACAGGCACGUUUCGACAAGAAGUUGCAAGCGUAUAGGGAGCAGCACGAGAUCAAACUCCGGGAGCAAGCUUCAGUUUUGGAGAAACUGCGGAAAGAGCGCCAGGAGCAAGAGCGACGCGAGAAAGAAAAGCUGGAACAGGAGAAGUUGGAACGGGAAAAGCAACUGAAGGAUAGAGAGCUGAAGGAAAAGGAACUAAGAGAGCUGGAGAGGAGGGAAAAGGAACGCCAAGACCAGGAGCUUAGGGAAAAGGAGCGUAGGGAAAAGGAGCGUCGCGAAAGGGAUCGCCAAGACCAGGAGCGUUGGGAAUUGGAGCGCCAAUACCAGAAGAUAAUUGAAAAGAGUCGCCAAGACCAGGAGCGCAAAGACCAAGAGCGUUGGGAAAAGCAGCGCCAAGACCAGGAGAGAAGGGAAAAGGUGCGAAAGGAAAAGGAUCGCCAAGAACAGGAACGAAGGGAAAAAGAUCGCCAAGACCAGGAGCAAAGGGAAAAGGAGCGCCACAAACAGGAACAAAGGGAAAAGGAGCGCCACGCACCGGAAAGGAGGAAACCUGAUUCUAAGGAUCUUGAUAUACAGAUAGACGUUAUCAAAUAUCAGAUUGAGGAUCCGAAAACCAUGCGAUCGGCCAAGGUAGACCAGGAGAAGAUCCUGAUAAGCAUUCCCAAUGGCAAGAAUGGUCAGAGCCACGCUCAAAGCAAUGGGCAAAGUAAGCCCCCGCUGCGUGCCAUCCUGGGCAACAGUGCUCCGCUGCGCAACAAUAAUCCCACAACGGCAAUGUCCACUUCUUAUAAGCGACCGAUGCAUCCCCGCAUACCUUAUCCCGGACAGGGGCGUUCUGGGAUGUCUGUUAAUCACAGACUCAAGCAGAAGCCACCCACUGAAGAAUCGAUACCCAGUCCCAAGUCCAUGCCGAUCACACCACCCAUAUCACCGGAGAGCGCCAAGGUAACUCAAGCGGCGGCUGCGCCCCAAGUGGAUGUUCUCCGGGUGCAGGCCACUCAGCCGCCCAAGGACAGCAGACCAGAGAAGCAAAUAUCGAUAACGGCCUUCUCGCCGGACACCGAUUCGGAUCAUGUCGCGAUGUUGAAACAGUAUUGCCUGGCCAACCAGUUCGAUGAACCCGUCUACAAUUACUUUAAAACGCCGUCGGCUUCGAAGCUACACUGCUCGGUGCGGAUCCAGGGCGAGGUAUACAGCACCUAUCCGGAGACGUUUGCCACUGAGAUGGAGGCACGCAAGCGCACCGCCCUCGUCGCCAUCGACCGCAUCAAGCACGCCGAGGUGCGCAAGAAGUUGGCAGCCUGCACCAUCACCGACGAAGAUUUCAUAGACUCUCUGUACGAGGAGUUGCAGAAGUUCCCGCACGGUAUCCUGGGUCACAAGAUGGAGGUGUGGUAUAGCGAGACCUUCCGCCGCCACCUGCCUAGCCACUGGUAUGACCUCGUCGUCGAGUCGAAGAAGAUUCGUGUGGAGCACGGCAUAAAUCCCCGGACUAUAAUAUUUGCCAACGCGCCUGGUUCCCCAGAGCCGGUUCGCAUCACUCCGCCAACCGUUAUGCCAGAGCUGGAGCUGCCUUGGCAACCGAAUGACAGUGGAUCCAAUGACUGGAACAUGUACAUCAGCCAUUGCGAUUCCACCAAGCAGGUGUGGGCCCGUCUCAUCGAUGACAUCGCCAGCUUUGACGAACUUACCACCCACAUGGGCCGGCAUAUGGCUGUGCCGCUCUUCAGACAGCAAGUAGAAACCCCAGCCGAAGGGGACCUUUACCUGGUAGAGAUCCGCGAAGGAUGGAAUCGCGUCCGAGUCCUCUCCGUGGACAGAGAGCAGCGCUCCUGUCGCUGCCACUUUGUGGACUUUGGUGACAUGGCUCAGUUCCAGUUCAACGAUCUGUACAAGUGUCCACCUCAGUUCUUGGUGCUGCCGGCCCAAGCCAUUUGCCUUAGCAUGUAUGCGCUGGACAAGUUCGAGGACCAUCCCCACGCCCUGCCGGUGCUGAUGGCAGAACUGGAUGGCCAGACGGUUGUGGCUCGGGUUCUGACCACGCCGAAGCAGUUCAAGGAGUUGGGCGGUGCUGCCCAGGGGCUGGUCGAGAAGAACAAGCGCAAGGCAUGCCUGGUGGCCACGCUGUAUGACACCUCAACCGCGGAGGACAUUCAUCUGAACGAUCUGGUGGCUGCUAGGAUAACCAAGAGCACCCCGGCCCCUUCUCUGAACGACGAAAAAAUGGUGGUGAAGACCUCGCCGGUCCUUGUGUCGCACAUUACCGAUGACGGAGACUUGAUGGUCUUGCUCCGCAACGACGACCUCAAGUUUGUGGAGCGCAGCAUUGCCACCACAGUGGCCGAUCUGGGCGAGAAGGACAGGGUGCGCUUCUCGGAUCUCCUGCACGAUCGCCACGUCUUCGUGUGCGACGAGUCCGGGGAUGGAUCCAAGCAGUGGUACCGCGGGCGACUUGUGUCCAAGCCCACGAAUCCGGAGGAGGAGACCUUCGACGUCUUCUACGUGGACGACGGCCGGCAGCGAAAGACGCACAUCUCCAACAUCUAUCGCCUGGAGGCGAACAACCGCGCACUUGCUACUUAUCCGCCGCAAGCGCUGCUGGUUGGACUCCACGAUGUCCCCGAUAUGUCGGGUCAGUUGCUUCCACGUCUUCGUGGACUGUUGCCGCCCCGCUGCGAAGCUCUGCUCAAAGUCGUGGUGAAGGAUGGUGCCAAACCCCUGGUGAACUUGUUCAUUCGUGGAAACGAUCCGGAAUCGAUGUACAUGUGCGUGAACAUUGGCCUUCGGCUGGAGUUCGAGAUGCAGAGCUCCACGCGACCAGAAAACUACGACGAUCUUCUCCCGAGACGCAACAGUUUGAGCUCCGUGGUGUCUAGCCAGAGUAGCGGCAGCGACCUGCUUGCCAUUACUCCUCCAGUGACGCCACAAAGAGCAUCCACCCGCGGGGCUGCCACCACCUUUUCGACUGGCCUGCUCAAAGAUUACGAGGCAAUCCCAGCUAUUGGGGCGUUCUUUGAAGUGCGCGUCUCGCUCUCCAUUAAUCCUGGCCAUUUUGCGGUUCAACCUUACAAAUGCUACAAUCAACUGCAGUGUUUGAUGAAGGAGCUGCAGGCACACUGCCAAGGAACCAUGGCCAAGGGGGUGGAGCCCUCGCAACUGGCCAUCGGCGAGGCCUAUGCUGCCCCGGACACCGGUGGCGUCUACCAUCGAGUAAAUAUUCGAAAGAUUUACGAUGAAAUCAUCCAUGUCCGGUUCGUGGAUGUCGGGGAUGAUGGUGUUGUGGCCUGUGAGCAACUAAAGACCCUCCCGGCGGAGCUAAGACUACUGCCCAAGAUGGGGCUGGCUGCUCAACUAUAUGGCAUCAAACUGGAAGAUGUUGUGUGGAGCCAGGACAACUGUGUGCGCUUCCGCAAGCUGACGCUUGGACAGAAGUUUAUUGGAAUUGUGCGGGGCUCGCACAAGCAGAAGGACGGGUCACGUUCCCUUUCCCUGGAACUUGUAGACACCUCCACACCGCAGGAUAUUAAGCUGCACGAGAUUCUCAUAAACGAGAAGCACGCCCAGCCAGAAACGAAGGAAGUCUGAAUUGGAAUUCAAAGACGAAACGAGUUCAUUUUGUUCAUGUUUAUGUUUGCCUAUUUUAAGCCUUAGUUCUAAGUACAUAUAAAUUAUUAUGACGAUACAUUCCGCUAGAUGGAACGAUUACCCUGCACUGCAAAGCGCAACAAUAAACAGUAAGUUAUGGACUGUGCUAUCGAGAAAA